AUGGCUAAACAGUGCGCGCGACGACACUCCGCCCGUAGGCUCGACAUCGCCACUGCAUCGCCGAUACAUCACACAAACCGUUGUCUGAGUAAGUCUAACCGCAUUUGCACUCAAAAAAUUGCACAUUUCCCAUCACAUUCUCGCCGUUUUUAUCCUCACAUCAAAAAAAAUGUCACUCAUUUUGUUAAAGAAUGUCGUGUUCUUUUGUUCUCACAGAAUAUGCGCUAAUUUUCAGAUGUCCAACACCAUUCCAGCAGACGUGAUUGCUAAAUUGCAAAAAUUCAGCGAAGCAAUCACACAACUAGAGGACGCGGUGGAAGAAAUAGAUGUUGGCGUUGACAAACAUUUUGAGGUAAAUCUAUUUUCAAAAAAAAAAAAAAAGAUUAAGACAACGACAUUAGAACUAUCUUCUUUCAGAGAAAUGCGCAUCAAAUGGCGUUGGUCGACACGACGAGCAUGUUUUUGAUGGACAGUUUGAUGGUGGCUAUGCAGGCGACAAAAGGAGUCAAAUCCAAGGACAAUGAAGAGUUGGCUAUUGAUAUGGUAAGAAAAAUCACGGUUCUCAGAGUACCACAAAAUCUGUUAUUUUCAGGUUCGAACAAAAGCAAAGCUGUUGGAAAUGAAGGAAAUAAACUUGCGACAAGAUGCGCCACGGAUCGACCAAAAGGCAGCUUCCAAUUUUGUCAGAAAUGCUCUGUGGGAGGUUCCGGACCAGAAAUCUGAAGGAGCACCGGAAAGUUCGGCGAAUUCCAGCAAAUAA